UUUUUUUUUUUUUUAUCUGUGAGGCUCUGUGGAGGCAGACGCUCCAACUGAUCCUGAUCCACCUUAAGUGUUGAGCUGCUGUGGGCUACGCAUAGGCUACUUUGGUUCAAGACCUGUGGAUGAUAGAAGGGCCGGACCUUAUGUCUGGAUUUGGGAGCCUGUCAGAGAUGCUUUUGGAAAUCACGGAACAGCGACGGGCUGAACUUUGAGAGACUUGAAGAAGCAGCACAUCAACAGGAAAAGUGCGGAGAGGAGAGUGACGGGGAGUCGAGGGGAGGGGGUCUGCUUUCCAAAGUUCAUUAACAUCGUCAACAAAGUGUAGCUCCGCUACAUCUUUUCUUUAAAGGGUUCCUCUCCAGCCAGCAAAAUUCCACCCAAAAGCAGACAACAGGAUCGUCCUGCGCUGACGCGGCUGGUCGGCAGGAAGCGGCUGGUGGCGGCGGGGGUCCUGGGAGUCAUUAUGGUUCUGGUUUUGGUCAUCCUUAUCCCGGUUCUGGUCAACUCAGCGGGGACGGCGGCGCACUACGAGAUGCUUGGCACCUGUAGGAUGGUGUGCGACCCGUACGGCACCAAAUCUCCGACCAGCACCGCCACGGCGGACACGGUCCGAGACAACAGCCUCGUGCAGUCUUUACCAACUUUUAUCCAAGGUCCGAAAGGGGAACCAGGACGCCCAGGUAAGGCAGGUCCGAGGGGACCUCCCGGUGAGCCGGGACCGCACGGUCCGGCGGGGCCACCUGGAGAGAAAGGUGAACCGGGCAGACCCGGUUUACCAGGACCUCCGGGACCCAGCGCAGCUGCCGGUGCAAUAAGCGCGGCCACCUACAGCACCGUGCCCAAGAUCGCCUUUUACGCAGGGCUGAAAAAGCAACACGAGGGCUACGAGGUGCUCAAGUUCGACGACGUGGUGACCAACCUAGGAAACCACUACGACCCGACUAGCGGGAAGUUCACCUGCUCCAUCCCCGGGAUUUAUUUCUUCACCUACCACGUCCUGAUGCGCGGAGGGGAUGGUACCAGCAUGUGGGCUGAUCUGUGCAAAAACAACCAGGUGCGUGCCAGUGCCAUAGCCCAGGAUGCGGACCAGAACUAUGAUUAUGCCAGUAACAGCGCUGUGCUGCAUUUGGAGCCAGGAGACGAGGUCUACAUUAAACUAGAUGGAGGCAAGGCUCAUGGAGGCAACAACAAUAAGUACAGCACCUUCUCUGGAUUCAUCAUCUACACCGACUAGGCAACAACACAUUUGUCUGUGACAGGCCUCGUGGCCCAGUCCUUCGACAGAUGUUCCUUCUGCGAAUACAAUGAUCAGACUUAACCUUUUAAAAGUGUGGAAAAACAAAUAUAAAUUAGCCUUCAUAACCUGCAAAUUAUUUUAUUUUAUAUAUUUUAACAUGAAUGAAAUGGUUGAAUUGUUGAAUUUUGGGAUCAAACCACAUUCACUCUUUAUACAUGACAUCACCUGAACUUACAGCUGAUGUGCUUAGGUUAAUGUAGUCCCAGUAGUGGCGAAGGGCAGAGGGAUUGUGUGUGUGCGUUGGUGGGUGUGGGCAGAAUGGACACUCUUAAAUCUGAUUUGGCCACAAGCUGCCCGUCAACAAAUCUCAGUCAAGUCUUUCAACAAACACAUUUAAAUCAUGAAAGGAAAAUCUAAGAGAAAGUGGAAAAGAGGAAAUCAAAUAGAAAUGCAGCAGCUAGGAGGCAGUUCUAAAAACUGUCUGUUAAUGUAAGUUUAAUGACUUCGUGCAAUACCUAGUAACAUAAUCUGUAUUCAUGGUGGCCCUUUAUAAGAAAGCUGUCAGUCAGUGGGUGUCCUAUUUUCUGUUGUGAAAUCAUGCUGUGAAGAUAACAAGAAAAGGCUGGGAACACUUGAAGAGCAUUAUGAUAUACUGACAACAGAUUAUAAUUCCUGAGAACAUAAUUACCUUUUUCAUAGAAUAGAAUAAUUAAUAAAAUAAUUAUUUGUAAUUAUAUGUAAUCAAUUAACACUUACUUUUGAAAGUAUAAGUUGUACAGAGCCUGUACAAUUUUAUGCAAAGUGUUUAUUUUCUCAUUAUCUACUAAGGUCCUCAUCAUUGUGUUAUUCAAAUGCUUUCAUAAGUGUUUCUGCAAGGACUUUACACAUUUGAGUCUUUACUGAACAGUCUUAAAGCCUGUCCAGGAAAGAGCAGAACCACUGUUGCUUGAACUCUCACACACACACUAAAAAGAAUAAUUUGUUGAUCAAGCUUUACAGAGGGAGAAUGUAUGGUAAAAACUAUUCUAAAAACAGGAUUGUAAGGUGGCCCGUGAAGACUUGUUUCUGAUCUGCUGGGUGGCGUUCUGGGAAAAGGAAAUGAGGGUGACCGUGUUGAACUUCACACAACUGCUGCUGCAAGAACUGGGUUGAAAUUGAGGCUCUAUCCCAAAACCCACACUUACAGUCUUGAGCACUUAAAGGUUCUUCUAUGCAAGGGUCCUGGUUUUGUUUACGUUGUGAAUGCGUACAAGGGGUACACAUGCCACAUGCCAAUGACUAUUCCACUGAUCUACAGGUUGGGGUGACAUUCCAAGAUAUGCUGCAAUGCGCCAGAAAAGGCAGGGAAGAAGAAUAAUGCAUGCUUGUGAGUACGGAGGUAAACAAUAUCCAUUCAUCCAUUUUUUGCUGCUUAUCUGGGGCCAGGUCAUGCUGGCAGCAGGCAGAGCAAGGUAGUUCCAGCCCAUCCUGGGGGAUCCUUUGGUGAUCCCAAGUCAGAUGAGAUACCUACUUAUCUGGCUCAUACUCCUAAAUACAUGUUCUUUUUUUUUUUCACUACUCAAUGCUCAUGAUCACAGGUGAGGGUUGGAACAUAGACUGACUAGUAAAUUUAAAGCUUUGCUUCCACCAAGCUCCUUUUUCACCACCAAAUGGUCCAGUACAACACCCAGCAUUACUGCUCAUCCAUCCAUCUCAUGCACAACAAGCGUGACGCAGUGACAGACGUCAAAGUGGCUGGCUGGCUAUGCAGUUAUUUUCUUUCACAUUAACUGUUUAUUCAUUAUUGAUUGACAGUACCUAAUGUAAAAUAUCAGAUAGAAGCACAAUAUGCAUAUAGAAUCCCUCUGCAGUAUGCUUUCCAGGACCCCAUCUAGAGACUCCAAGAAGGCCAGAUACUCCGAACUGCUGUCCAGUGCAUAUGCACAAACAACAGUCAGAGCCUUCCUCUCAGCAACUCACAGUUGCAUAGAGGCAGACCCUGUUGUUCUCCAAGGAGUACUCCAUGACUGCCGCGCUCGGCCAGGGGCUCAUAAGUAUAUCCACAGGCACCAGCCAUCUCUCACCCUGGGUAACUCCAGAAAAGGAGAGUCUAGCCUCUUGGUUCACCAACUUCAUGUAAUUCACUAGCUGGUAAGUUUCCCUCCCAGGUCUACCUGUUCCAAGCCCUGUUUACCUAUUUCGGGCAAGGUACUGCAUAUGGGUCGAUUCAUAUGGGGUCUUUGAAUUGCUCUUAGUCAAGACCCCUCCAUCAUGGUAAGGUGGCGAUUCUUGGAGGGGUGGGUGGAUUUGAAAUACUUUACUUGACAUGUUGUUAUACCUACACACAAUGCUUUUUGGCAAGUAACAUUUAAUGUAAACACAUUAUUUAAAAGAAAACUUCACAGGGCCUCUUUAAAUAAGUGGUGACACAACAGCACGUAGUACAUAAGUGUGUCCCAAGUUUGAAAAAUGCAAACACAGUACACUUAACUACACUUGAUAAACACUCCUCCCAAUACAAUUUCAAGCAGUAUUCAGAGCUAAGUGUAUUCCACCCAUACUCCAGGGGCCUGUACCAUGAAGUGAGUUCAACAUACCCAGGAUAUCUUUUCGUUAUCUGGCUUCACUAACCCAAACAGUUACGAUCAGGAUAAGCGGCCCCACGAAGCUGGUUAUCAACUCGGUAAGUCAACCCAGGGUUUCCCAAUCCAGCCGUGAGUGCGUUCACAUAAAAGUGCUGGCAGCAGAUAUUUUACAAACGCAGAGCAAGCUGUAACCUAAUAUUAUACAAAUAGACAUAGUCUAAACAGGGAGACACAAAUGCAAAUGACUAAAUGAACAGCCGUAGUCUAUAAUAAUGUGUUGAUUUAAUGUGUUCUUAUGGUAUGUGUGAAAAUAUUAGCCUUAUGCUUUCAGCUCAGCUGUGUUUCACAAUUACAUUGAAAGACGUUCCAACUCACUUUUAAGAACGUCAUUUCAAAAAUUUAAUUAAUUCAUUGAACACACUCAAAAAUGUUCCAAACCUUGUUCUAAAUUAACUUCAUAAAGCAAUUAAACGAAAUAUCCAUUCAUGCCAUAAAAUGUGCUCAAAUAGUGGUUGAAAGACUGAAACUCACCUCAAUACCAGCGCCCACAUCGUUAAAGGUGGAGCGGAACGUGACCAGUCUCUGUGAUAGACUAUAAGAUAGCUACUAACCUAAAAUAAAUUGCCUAUGUUCAAUAAGAAAAAUUAAACCCAUUUAUUUUGACAACUGCGACAAACUGUGUAAAACGGACUGGGGAGCAAAUAAAAAAUACACACAUUCAAACACAUUUCAAAGCAGUAAGGCAAGGAUUAUACUUUCCGAGUAUAACAUCUAUACUUACUCGAGGGUCCACUCGGGUCUGCGUGACGAAAAAAUCGUCGUCAGAGGGGGUACGCGUAGGGUACGCCUAGGGUCCGCGUGGUGACUAGCACUACCAGGGCAACACCUGAUCUACUGCGCAUGUGUGGAACGUGUCCGCCAAGCUGACUGCAGAAGGUAGUAUAAACAGAAGAAGUCCGCGUCCGUGGGUUCUGCAUCUCACCGUGUUCGCGUCCACUCCCAAGUACAUUCAAGGCUUAAGCAAGCUUACCGUAAAAACAUGUACAACAGUAGCUUACAAGGCUUUUCAAUCAGUCUCUGUAGGAUAAUAUCGCUAUAGCCUACAAACAUUUCUCCACAUCACCUCAUAAAACGUAAAAGCAGCCUAUAAAACAGUCUGUGUGAUUUCCUACAGAUGGUGAUGUCAUUUUCAAAGAGAGCUGAUUGGUCAGUAGGCAGCGUUUCUAAAGGGUUGAUCUCUGGAACAUAACCUGCUCCGGAGCAGGUUAGCCAUUCAGCAUAAGUUACCCUGGUGAUCUAACCACUGUCGUGGUACUGAAAACCCAGGUUUAACCCCAAAGUUACCUCGAUAAGCUCAAAUCCUGCUUCGUGGUACAGGCCCCAGGUGGUAUUGUUGUCUGUACAGUGUAAACAGGUACUGCUAGAAAUCAAAACACCAGAUCUUUUCAUGAUGUAGAUUUUUGUUUGUCAUGUUUUUCAAAGACACAUCAAACUAACCUUACUGUUAAUAGCUUGUUCCUUUUUUUUUUUAACUUAGACACUGGCAUCCGCUCAUUAUAUACACAACCUACAUUUGUUUACCAAUAUCAUGCAAUUUGGCUCAAUGCAUUUCUGACUCUGCGUGACUGGAUUUUUCCUCUGAGCUCCUAUUAUAAGCUGUUGACUUCCACCCAGACAAUUAACAGUUACACAACUUUGAUUUAAACUCAGUUCAUUGUACAAAUGAUGGUUUAUUAUUUGAUUAAUACAUGUGCAUAGGUAAAAUACUAUGCUGUGUUUUGUUGGCAGCUACAUUUAUAGAUAUAUGUAUGAUGAGUAUAAAUGGCAGUAGAAAACAAGUCAAUGCAGGAAAUGAAGCCGUGUUGACAACUUCUCGUAUUGGCUGACCCACUCCUGGGAUAAAUCGAAUACAGAUAUCUUUAUGACAUGAACAGAGACAGAUAAUAGCUUUGCGUUACACCCCUAGUAGCUUACAAUGAGGACACAAAGCUCAUGUUCUUGAUGUUAUUAUGUUAUAUUUCUUUAGACUCAAUAAAUAUUUUUAGAUACAAUAAAAUUAACAAACUACAUACAUUGUGAUCAAAACAGGAAUUUAGCAUUUUUCCUCCUGAAUAACAUUCCUGGCAGUUAAAGAUAAAGAUCAAAAUCUCCGGAUUAGGACGUGUGGGUUUCACUGGAGGGCUUUUGACUCAUACGCUUGGUAUUUCUAAAAUCCUGGCUCUGGCCCUGACUAGACCUACAGCAUGUUUGUAUGCUGUCAAUUUCUUGAACAACAACUGUUAGGGCUGUGCACACAAUCUGAAAAAAAAAACUGUAUUAAGUGAGAAAGAAACCCACAAGUAACACAACUUGUGAUCAAGACACAACGCCUAAAUAAGACAUCUGUAGAGUUGUUACAUUGGGCUCAUCCCUUUGUUCUUAGGGUUCUAUGUUCCCAAAAUGGGUGUCUCUUGUAUAUAAACUAAAGUCAGAGAUUAUGUUCGCAGCUCACAUGGGCAAACAAACCAAGGGAGAUGGGUGUUUCAAAUGCAGUAUGAAUGGUAAAAAGUCAAGAGAACUGACUUGCACGCAAACGUGAGAGCAUAGGUUUCAGGGAGUAUAACCUCAGUAAUAAGCUGUAGGUGGGUGAUUUCAACAUAUUGACCUACGGGAAAAGCAUUGCUGAGGACAUAACCCCUUUAAAGGUCUCCUUAAUGUGUCAUAUUAAGAGGAUAUUGAGCUGGGGAACAGAGGACCCGGGAACAUAAAGAUGCUCCUGUUACAAGGAUAUUUCUUAUUUUUUUUAAUGCAGCUAGACUGUUUCCAGUGUUUGAAAUUUUUGUGCUAAACACAUCGUGGAAUUGAUACAUUCACAUGCUAAUUUGUAUUUCCCCAUGUCGCACUGUUCCUUUUUAACCACGUUACACAUUCAAUAUUUGCGAAGUAGUGCACACUGAAUGAUGAUAGUACUGUUGGCUGCUUUAACUCAGUGCUUCCUGUGAUUCAGUGGUGAUGUAUUAACAGCAGAUUAUUUGUGCUGUUAAGGGCAUACAGCUCACAACCCUCUAAGGAUGAAUUCUUCUUACCAACCAACUCCGUUUGUUGGUCAUCGUCAGUAGUGGUUGGACCUUUGGGAAAACAUCAUACCCACAGAGGUGCACAUGUCUCUUUUUGCCCAUGAAUUGUGUAAUGACUGGACACAUUUCAGUGAGUAAGAUGUUACAUGAAACCACCAUAUGUGAUCUUGGUACAGUAUGUAUCACAGUAAGUAUGUCUGGUGGAAUAAAAUAGAAAGUUGCUAAAAGUCUAUGUAGUGCAGUUCUACCAUACUCACAAAACAAAGUUGUUUUACUUUAUAAAAUUACAACUCUGACCCAAACACACCCAAUCAUUUCUCAGAUACAUUUUUUACAUUUGUGGCUGACAAGGUGCUUGAGCUGGUACCGUUGCAUGGCUGGGAGCACAAUGAUGAUAUUACAAACUGGCACAUAUGUGGAAACUACAAGCUGAGUUUCCAAAUUUGGGAGUUUCUUCAUGGCAUCACAACAAAUAUAGCAAAUGAAUGAGUUGUUUACCAGUGUGAAGUACUGCAACGUGAACUGAAAGCACUAUGCAGAAGUAGAGAAUAACAUCAAAAUUAUAGUAUCAAUGUACGGUGUCAUGUACCCAAUGAUAGAAACUGUGGAUCACUGUAACUGGAAUCGUAUGUAUAUACUGUAGUGAUAUAAACUGUUCCUAUUUUUUUCUGCCUAUCCCAUGUACAGAAUGCCAGAAGAGCACAGAGACAGUAAUUUUAAAUAAUCAAUUAAGCAACUCAUUAAUUCAGUAAUCACUGAUUGUCUUGAAGUUAUAGCCUUACCAGUGUAUUGGUGUGAAAAGAAUAUGUAUGGUAGAUACAGUGUCAGGUGUGUGCAAUACUAUAAAACUUUGCACUCUUUUGUCUGACAGCAGUCACCUGUGUACUGUUACCUCAACAAUGUCUUCAUUAAAUGAACAGAAGAAACAUGGUGUCUAUUUAUUGGGUUGAUCUGCUUCUUGUUCUUAAUGAGGACUUGUGUGUUUUUGCUUUGAAUAUGGAUCCCCAAAUUAUUAAAAAAUAUAUAAAUAAAAGGACAUUAUGAAAUAAAUAAUCAUUUGAAUGAAUUGUGUAAAUACAUAUAAAUGAACCAAUCAAAAAGGACUAAACUCAUUUCUAAGUUGUGAGUUUGUACAGUAUUGCUGUCCAUGUCCAUAUCAGAUGCAGUUUUCUUCACUUAAAUCACUUUUAUUUAUAUAGCACCAAAUCAUAAGGUCAUGUAAUUUAACUUUUCAUAUAGAGCAGGUCUAAACCGUACUCUUUUAGCCAACAAGUGAACCAUGAGCACUGCUUUACUAUCUAGAGUCGUUUAUUAAUCCCAGUGGGAGAGUGCAGCAUUAC